AAUAUCUCCGAAUAUCUGAGGACUUUCCCUAUACGAGUACGAGUAUAAAAUAAACUCUUCGGUGGCGUUUGCCUGCCCUUCUCUACAAGCAAACAUCACACAGGGCAAAUUCUAAACAGAGCGAGAAACCUCCGUCGAGUCCCGAUCCUGCCAACGCCGAAGCUCCGAUAACUAUGGUGACAGUAAGUGUAAAGUGGCAAAAAGAAGUCUAUCCUACUGUGGAAAUUGACACUAGCCAGCCUCCAUAUGUUUUCAAAUGCCAGCUGUAUGAUCUAACAGGGGUACCACCUGAAAGGCAAAAGAUAAUGGUCAAAGGUGGUUUAUUGAAGGAUGACGCUGAUUGGUCUAAAGUAGGAGUAAAAGAGGGUCAAAGGCUGAUGAUGAUGGGAACUGCUGAUGAAAUUGUGAAGGCUCCUGAGAAGGGUCCUAUUUUUGUUGAAGAUAUGCCUGAAGAAGAGCAAGUGGUUAAUGUAGGUCAUUCAGCUGGAUUAUUUAAUCUUGGAAACACAUGCUACAUGAACUCCACAGUGCAGUGCUUGCAUUCAGUUCCGGAGCUGAAGUCUUCUCUGACUGAGUAUACUCAACUGGGUAAAAGCAAUGAUUUGGAUCACUCAUCUCAUCUCUUGACAGUUGCAACAAGAGAUCUAUUUAAUGACCUUGAUAAAAAUGUGAAGCCAGUGGCACCAAUGCAGUUCUGGAUGGUUUUACGGAAGAAAUAUCCUCAAUUUGGCCAGCAGAGCAAUGGAGCUUUCAUGCAACAGGAUGCCGAAGAAUGUUGGACCCAACUACUUUACACCCUUUCCCAGUCUCUUAAAUCACCGAGUUCGAGUGAAGGUCAGGAUAUUGUGAAGACUCUCUUCGGUAUUGAUUUUGAUAACAGGAUUCAUUGUGCUGAAAGUGGUGAAGAAAGCACAGAAACAGAAACCGUCUAUUCCCUUAAAUGCCACAUUUCGCAGGAAGUUAACCAUUUGCACGAGGGUUUGAAACGUGGUCUGAAAUCGGAACUGGAGAAGGCAUCUCCUUCACUUGGACGCAGUGCAGUUUAUGUGAAAGACUCCCGAAUCAAUGGCUUGCCAAGAUACUUGACCGUUCAGUUCGUCCGUUUUUUCUGGAAAAGGGAAUCAAAUCAGAAGGCAAAGAUUUUACGGAAAGUGGAUUACCCAUUGUCGUUGGAUGUAUAUGAUCUUUGUUCGGAUAACCUUCGCAAGAAACUGGAAGGUCCUCGCCAGGUUUUGAGGGAUGCAGAAGGUAAGAAGGCUGGUUUAAAAACCAGUGCAAAAACUCCAGUCUCAACUGACAGCGACACUAAAAUGACCGAGGCUGAGGAAUCAUCUAGUGGAAGUGGAGAAGCAUCUAAAUCUGCAUCCCAAGAAGGUGUUCUGCCUGAGAAGGAACACCAGUUGACUGGAAUAUAUGAUUUGGUGGCGGUGCUGACUCACAAGGGAAGAAGUGCCGACUCAGGGCAUUAUGUUGCCUGGGUCAAACAAGAGAACGGAAAGUGGGUUCAAUUCGAUGAUGACAAUCCAAUCCCGCAGCGAGAAGAGGACAUCACUAAACUUUCAGGGGGUGGUGAUUGGCAUAUGGCUUAUAUUUGCAUGUACAAGGCCCGUGUUGUUCCCAUGUGAUUUGAAGUCUUUGAUUGGGUUGGUUUCACAUAUUGGUACUCAAGUUGGUCACAUUAUACAUGAUUAUUCUGGUACUUUUAUGUCGAGUGUAAUUUAUUACAUUUAGCAUUGAGUUGCACUUGAACUGCCUUGGAAAUUCAGCGGGAGAGCUUUUCAGACUUAUUGAAUGGUGGAUUCAGGCAAUAUAGACUAUUACAUCCGAGUAUAUUCUUGGAUAAAAGUGCUUUUGUUCUUUGAUUAUCCAUUGUUGGUUGUUGGUGCUUUCCUGAAAUUGCUGCAAACAAUGAUUUUCACAAACUAAAUGCAAAACAAAUCGUAUUUGAUCUCCGUCUAUUUAUAUGUAUGCUAAUCUGAAUUUAUAUGGAUAAUCUGUUUUUU